UCACAUCCUGUGUAAUCAUAAAUACUGCUCUGAGAAAGGGACAGGAAGUCUCAGAGGCUGGAGAGCCGACCACCAAGAUCGUUCUGGCAGGAACAGCCAGUGGGAGGUUCCAGCUGAGCGCUCCCCAGAGGGGAGCUGACGCACCAGCCACAGCACACAGGACCAGGCUGCGAGAAUAGCAUCAUCAGCAUCAUGCUAUUACAAUCCCAAACCAUGGGGAUUUUUGACAGCUUUACACCAAAGGGCAUCACUAUCCCUCAAAGAGAGAAACCUGGACACAAGUACCAAAAAGAAGAUUACCUUCAGAGCGGGCUGCCAACAGAAGCCACCGUUCUUGGGACUGUCCAGAUCCUGUGUUGCCUGAUGAUUUCAAGUUUGGGGGCCAUCUUGGUUUUUGCUCCCUACCCCUCCCACUUCAGUCCAGCAAUUUCCACCACUCUGAUGUCUGGGUACCCAUUUUUAGGAGCUCUGUGUUUUGGUAUUACUGGAUCCCUCUCAAUUAUCUCUGGAAAACAAUCAACUAAGCCCUUUGACCUGAGCAGCCUGACCUCAAAUGCAGUGAGUUCCGUUACUGCAGGGGCAGGCCUCUUCCUCCUUGCUGACAGCGUGGUAGCUCUGAGGACUGCCUCUCAACAUUGUGGCUCAGAAACGGAUUAUCUAUCCUCAUUGCCUUAUUCGGAGUACUAUUAUCCAAUAUAUGAAAUCAAAGAUUGUCUCCUGACCAGUGUCAGUUUAACAGUGAGUAGUUUCAGAUUGAACAUUCUGUCAUGUGAAAUCUCUGUGUCUCCCCUUUGCAUAAUCUCUGCUUUUCUGGCAGUCUCUGGUCCUGUCAGUCUGAAUGCCUGGAGACAGACAGAAAUAAACAAAAACCUGUGGUUAGAAGAGGCCUGUCUGCCGACUGCGUGGUGUGGGGGAUGUACUAUAUAAAGUCCAAAGAGGAAAUCAAGAAGGACAGUAGGGAGUCCGUCCCUCCACUGUCUUUCUUAUCACAAACAUUCCAACCUCAAUGGGUUUAACUCUUAAAGUACAUCCUUUGUUGAACAGGCUUCUCCCUACUCAUCACAGGCAGAAAUAGUCUUCAUUUGAAUUAUAUUUGAAUUUGGGAUUAUCUCUUUUGGAUUCUUUUCCAGGGGUUGGAUGCCCCUACCCCUUAAAGAUGCUUGUCUUCUGAUCAUCAGUGAAUUGAGGACUAGGAGAGGCUGUAUGGUGUUUAAUCUAAUCUUCAAAUGCAAGCCUGUAUGCUACAUUAUGUUAGGCACAGAACUUGAACCUUAAGUCCAAAUACAUAGUUAUUUUGUACUUUGGUCCAACAGGGCUGACAGAGAGUGGUGGGAAGGGAGACAGCCUAUCACAGAUUUGACUUCUAGAAAAAAUGUCAACCUUUCUGGGCAGCAUUUUGUUGGCACCUUUCUCCCAAACUUGAUGAUCACUUCCUGUUCGUGGUGACAAGCCUUGCUUGUUCAAUCCUAUAAAUAUAGGAUCAUGGUGUUAAAACCAUAAACCAGUGGCCUUUUAAGAAGAAAGAGUUCUUCCUCUAUGAAUCCUCCUAGUAGGAGCACAGGGAGCCCAAGGCAGUAUCUCUCAUUCCCUUGGAUCCAUCUGUUUCACAAACCUCAUAAAAUGUGUGCAAGCUUUUGCACUCCUGUGGGUCUGCUCAUGUGAUGCAGAGAUUGUCAAAAGCAACCCUUUUGGUUCAGGAGCUUGAGGAAGUAGAAGAGCACAGAGACCCGUCUGGAGGAAACCUGGUAGAUAGUGUCAUCCUGGUGCAGGACAGACAUCUGGUAAAGCAAUGGGGGUGGGAGAGGCAUAUUGGGGGUUUAAUUUAAAGAAAAUGAAUUUCAUUACUUCAAACUGCCUCCCAUUCUGAGACAACUGGAGUCCAAAAGACCUUCCCACAAUAUCAGAGAAGAUGCAACAUAGCCGACUAAGCCGACUCUAAAGGCCUACUCUUUGUUAAUUAACACAGCAAUUACCUGAACAAAAGUAACGAAAUUUUAAAAAUUAAAAAAUAUACAGCCAAGGUUGGAAGAAGAAGGGAGGGCAGAAGGAAAAACAAAUCAAAGAAGAAAGAUGUCUUAGGUUCCAGAAGCUAAGAAGGAUCCUAAAGCCAAAUCAUCAAACAAGAGCUGAGGCCAAAAAACACAAGGAAGUCUGGAUAGGAAUAUUGGUGUUAGAGGCUAGGCUCACACAGUUUUAACAUCCAUGACAAGAUCUGGCAUUGGGCAGGACCAUAGAGCUCAUUUUGAGUACCAUGCAAAAAUGUUGAAAGCUGAAACUGAGUAUUUACUCAAUUUGUGAAAAUAAUAUGAAGAAAAUUCUGCCCAACAUCCCAAGAAGUUUCAAGAAAACCUUCCAUCAGCUCACUAAGCUUUGUGGAAGUGUGCCAUCCGAAUUCAUAAUUACAUGUAAAAUAGGGGAACCUCAAAUAAAGGGAUUAAGUUAAAAACUGCUACAAGAUAUGUGAAACUUCUCAGGUUCUCGCAGAAUCAAAUCUAAAACUACUAUCGAAGGAGAUGUCCAUAAACCUAACUUAUAAGAUGCCUCCCUAUCAAAGAACCCUACCACUACCACCAUCUACACACUGCAGUUAUCUAAUAACCAAAAUAUUAUGAGAAACAUAACAACAACACGAAAAAACGAGAAGCGGCAGCAAAUGGGGAAACAUGAAAGUCAGAAGCUCAAGAACUGUAGAUAAUAUAAUAAUUUGAAAACGGCUAUUAUGAAAAUACGUUUUAAAUCAUUAAAAAUGUUUACAAAGUAACAGAAACCAGGCCAGGCGCGGUCGCUCACACCUGUAAU